AUGGUCCAGGAACGUUACUUCGUUAUCGGCUACCGCAAGGAUGCUGCCCUUGGCGGAAGCUGCUCGCAAUGCAGUGAGCAGUAUCGCGAAGACUCCGAGCCGAACAUCCCCAUAACCCUGGUGGAGUGCGGCCAGGUCCUCUGCUUCCGCUGUGUUGAAGCUGUCCAUUUGUGGCAGCUGAAGGAAACCCCGGACCGUUACUAUUGCAACCACUGCAAUGGUACUCACCAUACCGGAGUCUACAACACGAACAAGCUGAUCAGUGUUGACACGGAGUACGAGUGGCAGAACAAAUUGAUGCUCGUACACUUCUUCUUUGGCGACGAACCCAAGCCUCGUUCUUCUAAGUCCUCCACUUCAGACUCUUCCCUGGCCCGUCAACUCCACGGCCUCAGCAUGGCUCACAGCACGUCUUCAAAGUAG